UUCCAGGAAAGAUGGCGGACAAAACGCCUGGCUCCCAAAAAGCCAGCGCGAAGGCGCUGCUUGAGAGUAAACUGAAGUCAUUCAGCAUCGGAAAAAUGGCAGUAGCCAAAAGGACCUUAAGCAAGAAGGAACAAGAUGAAAUAAAGAAAAAGGAAGAUGAGCGGGCAGCAGCAGAGAUUUAUGAGGAGUUUCUUGCUGCUUUUGAAGGAGGAGGAGAGGGCAAAGUCAAGGCCUUCGUUCGGGGUGGUAUUGCAAAUGCAACAAAAGAGGAAGCAGCUGGUGAUGAGAAAAGGGGAAAGCUGUACAAGCCCAAGUCGCGUUUUGAAACCCAGACAAAAAGCAUCCUUCCUUUGGAGACCCCGCCGCAGUUUUUAGCAUUGGACAAAAGACAUUCGUCGAAAAAAACCAGUGAUAAGGAAAAGAAGAAGAGCAACUUGGAGCUCUUUAAGGAAGAACUUAAACAGAUCCAGGAAGAAAGGGAUGAAAGACAUAAGAUGAAAGGACGUGUUAGUCGCUUUGAACCGCUCCCUGGCAUGGAGGGAAGACGCUCAUCGGAUGGUUCUUCAAGAAGAAACCGUCCGUCCAGUGUUUUGGAUGAUUGCGCACCAGGUUCCCACGAUGUCGGAGACCCGUCCACUACUAACUUGUAUCUUGGAAACAUCAAUCCACAGAUGAACGAGGAGAUGUUGUGUCAGGAGUUUGGCCGCUACGGCCCACUGGCCAGUGUGAAAAUCAUGUGGCCGAGGACGGAUGAGGAGAGAGCCCGGGAGCGGAACUGCGGCUUUGUGGCUUUUAUGAACAGGAGGGAUGCUGAGCGGGCACUCAAAAACCUAAAUGGAAAGAUGAUCAUGAACUUUGAGAUGAAAUUAGGAUGGGGUAAAGGCGUACCCAUUCCACCCCAUCCCAUCUAUAUCCCUCCUUCCAUGAUGGAGCACACACUACCACCGCCUCCCUCUGGCCUUCCCUUCAAUUCACAGCCCCGGGAGAGGCUAAAGAAUCCAAGUGCUCCCCUGCAACCUCCACCCAAAAACAAGGAGGAGUUCGAGAAGACUCUGUCGCAAGCCAUAGUCAAAGUGGUUAUCCCAACAGAAAGGAAUUUGCUCUCUCUCAUCCACCGCAUGAUCGAGUUUGUGGUGCGUGAAGGCCCAAUGUUUGAAGCCAUGAUCAUGAACAGAGAAAUCAACAAUCCCAUGUACAGAUUUCUAUUUGAGAACCAGAGCCCCGCGCAUGUAUACUACAGGUGGAAGCUCUACUCUAUUCUCCAGGGUGAAUCUACGGCCAAAUGGCGGACAGAAGAUUUUAGGAUGUUUAAAAAUGGCUCUUUGUGGCGUCCGCCGCCUCUAAAUCCUUACCUCCAUGGUCCUUACGACGACGGUGAGGAGGAGGAGGAAGAGGAGGAGGCCGGGAAGAAAGGCUGCUUGAAAGAAGAGGAGCGGGACAAACUGGAGGAGAUGCUUCGGGCUUUGACUCCCAGAAGGGGAGACAUUGCGGAGGCUAUGCUGUUUUGUCUGAGCCGCGCUGAAGCUGCUGAGGAGAUUGUGGAGUGUAUCACAGAGUCCCUCUCCAUCUUAAAGACCCCUCUACCAAAGAAGAUUGCACGGUUAUAUCUCGUUUCGGAUGUGCUGUACAACUCUUCUGCCAAAGUUGCCAAUGCAUCUUACUACAGAAAAUAUUUUGAGACAAAACUCUGCCAGAUUUUCUCGGACCUCAAUUCCACGUACAAGUCGAUACAGGGCCACCUUCAGAGCGAGAACUUUAAGCAACGGGUGAUGUCAUGUUUCCGGGCAUGGGAGGAUUGGGCCGUGUAUCCAGAUCCCUUCCUUAUCAAGCUGCAGAACAUUUUCCUGGGUCUUGUUAAUCUUUCUGCUGAGAAGGAGCCUAUAGUUGUCCCUGUGGAGCCUGAACCCGUAGAAGACAUUGAUGGCGCUCCGAUCGGUGAGUUUGUAGACUGCACCCUGCUGGAGGACGUGGACGGGGUGCCCAUCGAUGCGAUGCCCAUUGAUGGGGCGCCGAUCGACGGAGCACUUUUGGAUGACUUGGACGGAGUUCCCAUCAAGCAAAUGGAAGAAGAUAUAGAUGGAAUACCUUUUGAUCAGGUUAAAGAGGCGACAUUUAAAGUGGCACCCUCGAAAUGGGAAGCAGUGGACGAGGCAGAGUUGCAGGCUCAAGCUGUGACAACCUCAAAAUGGGAGAUUUUUGAGCAGCCAGAAGAAGAAAAAAAAGUUGAUGAGGACAGCGAUGACGACGACCGGAGCCCUCGCUCAGACGAUAAUCAGAGCUACUCCAACCCCGUCAGAGACGACUCUGAUGUGAAGACCAAGAUGUCUGAAAUGAAUGAGGAGAAACGCAGCAAGCUCAGAGAGAUUGAGGUUAAAGUCAUGAAGUUCCAGGAUGAGCUAGAGUCUGGAAAAAGACCCAAGAAGCCCGGUCAAAGUCUCCAGGAGCAGGUGGAGCACUACAGGGACAAACUCUUACAAAAGGAAAAAGAAAAGGAAAAACUUGAACGGGAGAAAGAGAGGGAGAAGAAAGAAAAGGAGAAAGCUGAGGCCCGGUUGAAAGAACUAAAGAAGGAAAAGGAGAAAGACGACACGCCGACCAGAAAGGACAGGCGUUUACCUCUUGUGGCUGACAGGAAGCGGCAUCACAGCGGGUCUCCCAGUCCAACGAGAAGCAGUAGACGAGGCCGGUCAUCCUCACCACGCUCAGAAAGAUCAGAACGCUCUGACCGAUCUUAUUCUAAAGACACAUCUUCCCGCUCCUCACAUAAAGACUCUCCUCGAUCCAGCAACAAAAAGUCCUCCAAGAGAUCUCCAUCAUCACCUCGCACACCUAAACGAUCUAGGAGAUCGCGCUCCAGAACGCCCAAGAAGUCCACUAAGAAGACGUCCCGCUCCAGAUCCAGGUCCCCACACCGAUCUCACAAAAAGUCAAAGAAGAGCAAACACUGACAUCUCUUCCACCGACCUCCUAACCAGCCUCUCCCAUUCUCCGCACCACGGUGUAUGAAAGAGCGAUUUGGCAGCUGAAGAUAAGUCCAAACGUUGACGUAAGAACAGCAAAGAGCGGAGGGUGUUGCAUGGGUUUCCAUCGAGUGUAUCAAGUAGAUGGGGCCAUUGCUGUUUUAUAUUGUAAAAAGAUAAUGUGCUUGUGUGUCCUGAUUCCCCAUGACCUUCAAAUGGAAUUCAUCUAUGUGUUAGACCACACCAUACAGAGUGUGACGACAAGUCUUACAUUCAUGCUGUCAUUUUGUUUUUGUAGUUCACAUUAAAAAGAAUUCCUAAUAAAG